GAGGAGGAGGAGGCCCCGGCUGGAUCUCGACUCCCCGGCCCCCCGACUCGGCCCCGGGCAGAAGCGAGCGGAGGAUGGGAACGGCCGCCCGGCCAUGUCUCUGGGCCGCCUCCUUCGACGCGCCUCCUCCAGAGCUUCGGACCUCCUGACCCUAAACCCCGGCGGGGGCGGCGGCGGCGGCCACCCCCCAGCCUCCGGACCGGACGGGGAGAUCGUCUUCUCCAAGAACAAUGUGUGCGUCCACCCGCUCGAGGCUCUGCAGGACUUCGGGGAGCACCACCCAGGUUACCUGUGCCUGUACGUGGAGAAGGAUGAGCUCCUGGGGACGACCCUCAUCCUAGCCUGGGUCCCCAACUCCCGCAUCCAGAGGCAGGACGAGGAGGCCCUACGCUACGUGACUCCCGAGAGCUCCCCGGUGCGCAAGGCCCCCCGGAAGCGAGGCGGCCGGGCCCACGCGGCUCCCGCCGCCCCCCCCGACCCCGCCAGCCCCUCGUCGGAGGACGGGGACGGGCGGCCCCGGAGCGCGGGGUCCGUAGGGCCCCCGGGUACCCCUCGGCCCGCCCGCAGAGACUCGGGGAGCUCGUGGACGGUCGGCUCCCCGGAGGAGGCGGCGGACGGGGCGGGAGGAGGAGGAGGGGGCGGGCCGGGGACCAGGCCGGGGGCCGGGGAGGACGAAGGCUCCCCCGACCUGUCGGCCGACGACGUCAGCCGCGACAGCCCCUUCGACUCGGACUCGGACGCCUUCUCUUCCCCCUUCUGCCUCUCCCCGAUCAGCGAGGCCCUGGCCGAGACCAGCGGGCCCGCGUUCCUGGACAGCGAGAACAGUUCUACCUCCAGCCUGGACCCCAAUUCCCAGUUCUCGGAGAACGGCAGCCAGUCGCAGAACGGCAGGCGGGACGAGCAGCAGAAAGUGUUGUCCCCCGAGCAGAUCUGUGGGGUGUUCCGGGUGGACCUGGGGCAGAUGAGAUCCCUGCGCCUCUUCUUCAGCGAUGAGGCCGGCACCAGUGGGCAACUGGUGGUGGCUAGCCGCGAAAGCCAGUACAAAGUUUUCCACUUUCACCACGGCGGCCUGGAUAAACUGUCCGAAGUGUUCCGGCAAUGGAAGUAUUGCAUCGAAACUCACCUCCAAGACCAGCAGGUAGCCAACGAGAAGAGCUGCAGGCAGUUCUCCAUCUGCCGGUCCAAGCUGCCCUCCUCGGAGGCCCACCCGGAGGAGAGCAUGUACAGGAGGCUGGACGUUGCUGCCUGGCUCUGCCACCUGAAUGAGUGCGGGCAGGUGGAAGAAGAGUACAAGCUGAGAAAGGCCAUUUUCUUCGGCGGCAUUGACGUGUCAAUCCGAGGGGAAGUGUGGCCCUUCCUGCUCCACUAUUACAGCCCCGAGUCCACGUCCGAGGAGCGAGAGGCUCUGCGGGUUCAGAAGCGGAGGGACUACUUGGAGAUCCAGCAGAAAAGGCUCUCCAUGACCCCAGAGGAACACAAGAGCUUCUGGCGGAACGUGCAGUUCACUGUCGACAAAGACGUGGUGCGGACAGACCGGAGCAAUCAGUUCUUCCGAGGAGACGACAACCCCAACGUGGAGAGUAUGAGGAGAAUCUUGCUCAACUAUGCAGUGUUCAACCCGACGAUCGGCUACUCUCAGGGGAUGUCGGACUUGGUAGCGCCCAUCCUGGCCGAGGUCCUGGACGAAUCGGACGCCUUCUGGUGCUUCGUGGGUCUGAUGCAGAACACCAGUUUCGUCAGCUCGCCCCGGGAUGAGGAUAUGGAGAGACAGCUGCUGUACCUGCGCGAACUGCUGCGCCUGACGCACCUGCGCUUCUACCAGCACCUGGUGGCUCUGGGGGAGGACGGCCUGCAGCUGCUCUUCUGCCACCGCUGGAUCCUGCUCUGCUUCAGGCGCGAGUUUCCCGACGCCGAGGCGCUGCGCAUGUGGGAGGCCUGCUGGGCCCAUUACCAGACCGACUACUUCCACCUCUUCAUCUGCGUGGCCAUCGUGGCCAUCUACGGGGACGACGUCCUAGAGCAGCAGCUGGCCACGGACCAGAUGCUCCUGCACUUCGGGAGUCUGGCCAUGCACAUGAACGGGGAACUGGUCCUCAGGAAGGCCCGGAGUCUGCUGUACCAGUUUCGCCUGCUACCGAGAAUCCCCUGCAGCCUGCAUGACCUCUGUAAGCUGUGUGGGACGGGCAUGUGGGACAGCGGGUACAUCCCGGCCGUGGAGUGCUCCGGGCACCACCCCGAGGGGGAGAGCUGCCCGUACGGGGGCACAGCGGGCGCCUCCUCACCCCAACUCGGCGGCGGCGGCGAGGGCAGAAAGGGCCGGAAGGCACUGGACGUCUUCGCCUUCCGCAAAUAGCCCCCGGGCUGAGGACUCCCCACCCGAAGGAGGACCACGGGAGGAGGAGGCAUGGAGGGAAACUCUGACCAGCCACGGCGGAGCAGGUCUGCCCAUCCGGGACCAUCGCGUCCCCCACCCUGCACCCCCUGCUCCAGCCCGGCUUCUGACUCGGAACCGGAACGUUUUCCGAGCCUCGCCAGCAACACGAUUGCAAGGGGAAAGGGGGGCUCGGCUCACCGCCUUUGCAUCCCUCUCCCGUCCAAACCAAGACAAACCUGCCCGCCCAACUUCCAGCCCGGGCCAGGAAAUCUCCAGGAAAAUACCUGCCAAAAAUUUACCAAAAAAAAAAAAAAAUCGCCCGUUCAACUGGGCGAGACGGGGUGGGGAGGAGGGGUGGUUUUUAAACACAUUUCAGAACUGAUCAUUUAUAUAUUUUUUUUUUUACUCUAGCAUGUAAAAGAAGGGGGCCUCGCCCACCUCCCAAGUCCGAAGGGUAUAGUUUCCUGGCAGAUGCAAAUGGGGGUUUGAAGCUUUAGACUGUGGGGGACUCACCCCGUUCUGCCCUAAGGAGCACAAGUGUGGAAGAAUGUGUGUGUGUGUGUGUGUGUGUGUGUGCGUGGAUGUGUGAGAGUGUCUGUAAGAGACUGUCUCUCCAGGAGGGCAAGGAGUGGAUUAACAGGGCGCCCUGAGGUCCCCAAAAGCCAGAAAGACUCCCUGCUGGGAAGAAUUAAACUGGAACCAAUCAGUCAUCUUUAUUGAGCACUUCUUGUGUGCAGAGCACUGGUCCGAGCACUUGGGAAAGGACAAAAUCUGUGCGUCCUUGAUCCCUUGCUGCUGAUGGUGAUAAAUCCUGUUGCUCGCCUCCCAAGCACUUAGCAGCGCAGUGCUCUGCACUCAGUAAGCCUUUCGUUAAAU